UUUUUAAAAAUAAAAUUUCUUUACAAAUUUCAUAUGCCUUCAUUGGAAUCUACAUUGAAUGUUUAUCCAUUGAAAAAUUAUUCAUUCAUAACGAAAGAUAAUGAUUUGGUAAACAAAGAUCCAUCAUUACCAGGUUAUUUGAAUCGAUUAAAACAUGAAUUUAAAUAUAUGGGUCAACGUACAUCGAUUAAAGUCGUAUUGUUAGUUCAUGAUAAGAAUAUGAUCAAUGUUUUGUUGCUACAAAUGUCACCAGAAUUUUAUUUAUUACCUGGUGGAGAGAUUCAACCAAAUGAAUGUGAACAGGAUGCAUUGAAACGAUAUCUUUUAGAUUAUUUUGGUCUCGAUAUCGAUACACAAGCCAAACCAAUCGAUAUAAUUGCUCAUUGGUGGCGUCCAAAUUUUCAAGAAGAUCAAUAUCCAUACAUACCGGCACAUAUAUCCAAACCAAAAGAAUUGACCAAAAUUCACCUUAUUUCAUUAACCGAAAAGGCAACAUUAUCUGUACCAAAAAAUUAUACCGUUGUUGCAACACCUUUGCUUGAAUUAUAUAAUAAUGUUGACAGUUAUGGAGAAAUUACAGCAAAUCUUCCACAUGUAUUAAGUCGAUUUAAUUUUAAAAUCAUCAAAUAA